AUGGCGCAACCCUUCCCCGGCGGCCAAGGCAUGCCGCAACACGGCAUGCCUCCCGGUCAUCACCCAAUGCCUCAACACCCAAAUGCCGGACACCCAGGACCCAGCAUGGUUCAAGGAAUGCAUCCUGGUGUAUCUGCACCGGGUGGGCCGCAGGUUAGCCAAGCUGGUCCGAUGAUGGGUGGCAUGCCCCCGGGUGCUGCUGGAAGCGUGGGUCCUGGUGGCCCGAUGCCCAGCUCUCAUGCCCUUUCGCACCUCAACCCCGCACAGGCGCAUGUCUUCCAGCAGGGAGGAUUCCCUCAGAAUUGGAAUCCCCAAUUGAUGCAGCAACAGCAAUAUAUGCGACAACGGAUGAUGAUCCAGCAGCAGCAAGCGCAGCAGCAACACCAACAGCAACAUGGACUUCCGGUUUCACUUCCCAAUGGAACACAAGGACUGAAUGCUGCUCAGCUGGCUGCAAUGCAAGGAAAUGGAAUGAGACCUAUGAACCCCAUGAUGCAGCAACAACAAUUUCCACAUGGCCCGCCGCAGAAUAUACAACAACAACAACAGUUAUUUGCAUUACAGCAAGCUCAAGCUCAAGCCCAGGCGCAGCAAGCACAAGCACAGCAAAAUCAGGCGAAUAAUGGCCAGCCUGGCCAACAGACGCCUCAACGCGCGUCGGCGCAACCACCCAACAUGCACGAGGCGCAAACCGGCACUCCACAGUCUCAACAUGGCCCACCGCAGAGCAGCACUCCCCAGCCAAGCCAAACGUCACAACCUCCAUCAUCCCAGCCUCCACAGCCAGGCGUGGGGGCACCAGCCCAAGCGACCCCAAAUCCACAACCGCAGCAGUUACCACAAUCACAACCGCAGCAACACCAGCAGCAAGGAAACCAAGGUGGCCAGCAGCAGUCUCAACAAGCUGCCCCAGGCCCACAGAGUCAACCCAAUGCUCAAAACUUCCAAGUCAUGGCUGCCCAGGACGCUCAGAUGAAAGCACAGCAGAAUGCCAUGAUGAUGAAGAUGCAGCAGCCACAGAGACAGGGUGCUUCAAUUUUGGCCCUGAACAGCUAUGCUGACGGAGUAGGCGUUUUCACGCCUCGGAACGAAGCCAUGGAUAUUCAAUAUUGGCAGAGCUUUGUGGAUAGAUUUUACGCUCCCACUGGUGUACUUCGCCAAAACCUUUACGAUUCUCAGACGGGUCACUCGAAGCAAUUCGAAAUCUCCAACCCGGCUCUUGCUCGAUUCUAUUAUACCCAGUUCACCACCGGAAUUCGUCAAAUCCAAAUGGUGUUUACGCGCGGGAAAUUGCAUGCUCUUUUUGAUAUGAACAACAAGAUCGAAUCGAUGCAGAUCGAAGUUCAAGGGCAUUGUGAAUUCCUCCCUCGCAGCAUUGUUCAGUCAUUAGAAGCAAAUGAACUGAAACAAAGCCCCAAAGUCAGCAAGGCUGCGGCAAAGCGUGGCCAAAAACCACCACAGUCACCGAUCCCCGAGUCAAUGGUGACCUCGAACGGUGUGCCAACUGGGGUGGUCCAAUUCCUGGAAGUGGCUGAGACAAUGCAUCAAAUGCAGCAGCUCGUCUCCUUCUCCCAGGCAAACCCGACACUAUCACCUCCGGAGGCCCUGCGUGGCUUAGUCAAUAGUAUCAUGCAGAAUCCCAAUCCGCAACCUGGGUUUCCGCCUGGAAUGAAUCCGGCUAUGCAAGUCGGUCCCCGUGGUCCAAACAUGGGCCCUCCCUCCCAGUUCGCUUCUCCGGCCAUGGCCCAUCUUGGCCUUCCCCAGGGCUCUCCCCAUCUUAGCGGCUCCGCCCAUCCAAGUCCCGCGCAGAGUCAGCUUAGCGGGGCGCCAGGUAUGCCUGGCAGUGUUCAACCAUCCCCAGCUGGCAUCAACAAUAGUCCAAAUGUCGGCGGCAACAAACGUCGCCGAGCAAGUACUGUUAAACAAGAGGGCGAGGAUGGUGCCGGAGGCGAGGUCAAUGGGACUUCUGCCCCUGGCGGAAAGCCUAAGCCUAGCCCCCGGGUUCCUAAGCGUCAAAAGGGCGCACCGGCCUGA